ACCUCUCCGUGCCGACUGCUUUAUCUAUCCGUGUCAAUAGGUGGAUUUGGAGUGCUGUAAUCACACGGGAGACGGCUUAAUUGCCGCUAUUGACAGAUUUUCAUGUCUAAAAAUCAGACCAGAGAGGAGAUUUCAAUCCAAGCGUGAUAGCCCGUAUAAAGAAGAGAAGAAACUGCAAACUGCGUCAGGGAUGUCAGGUCGUCCGUCUCUCACCUAGUUCGGAAAUGGCUGCAGCCGGAGAAUAAACUACUGGAUUCCGUGCAUUAAGAGAUUUUUAUAAGUAAUUAUGAUCACAAGUCUUGGGUCGUAUUUUACAGAACGUUGUAAACAAUGUAUUUGAACGGUUGCUGGGGCGGUUUGCAACAGACGGGUGGAUUGCCCUCUUGUUUUUUCGUCGCUGUUCUCUGUACGUUUGGAUAUGUUAAAGGUCUGGACUCAGAUUCUGUGUACUACUUAACGGAAACAUGUUACGGUCACGUACAGGCAGCAGAAGGGCGAAUAGAGGCGAGCACCGCGUUAACGUACGACAACAACAUGAACUGCGUCUUCACCGCAACAGCCACGGGGGGCGUUGGACUCAUACUGGUCCUGCAGAGAUUUGAGAUAGAGGAAAGCACGGACGGUCAAUGUAAAUUUGAUAAUUUGACUCUUCACGAUGGUAAUAGCGUCGCAAGCCCGAUUAUACCGACAGCACCGCUGUGUGGCCGUAGAAGUGGCUUGUAUUUCCUUACCUCCUCAACGUCCGUGACUGUGCAUUUCAGAACAGACUCCUCUGGUGUUGAUAGGGGUUUCAGUCUACUGUUCACGGCCUAUUAUCAAGCACCAUGCAGAGCUGACCAGUUCUUGUGUGGAGGAGGACAGUGUGUUGGGGAGAACGUGAAGUGUAAUGGAUUAAACCAGUGUGGCGAUUUCUCGGACGAAACCAACUGUGCAGAAGAUUCGGAAGAGGAUUCUGCCAAUGAUCCCGUCACGCAGGCAGAUCCAGGCGUAGUAUCUGGAGUCAUAAUAGGAGCGACUUUGUUUAUAAUUCUUGUAAUACUUGGAGCUUGGCGUCUUUACAAAUGGAAACAAUAUAAGACAUUUUUGAAAAGGAUUGAAAAUGAAGAGGUGGAGAAGGCAGGGUAUAACGAAAUCUCUUUCAGGACGGUAGACAGCAGAGCGGAAUAUCCUCUCACGAACUAUUAUCAAAAUGACGGCUAGAAAUACCGAUUUAUGCGUGAAAAACCCGAUUUAAAGUAACAAGAUGGCAAGAACGAUUAAUCAAGCGGAAUAAGACUUCCUGCGAUAUACUGGUAGGGGCCAUCUCAAAACAGAGACGGGAGCACUCAAGUCGUUCUAUACUCCGGCACUCCUUGUUAAAAGUUCACCCUUUUCAGGGUCGAUUAUUAUUGUAUAUUCAGACAGAUUUGAUAAAUGAAUGUAUUCGCCAGUAAUUUAAAAUGCCCUUUCUUAUGAUUAAUUAAUGUUGUAAGUUACUUGUAUGAUUACAUUGACUACGUCAGUCGCUCGCUCACUGGUAGCUAUCACGUUAGUGUGAUAGAGAAGCUGACUUUAUGAAUGGAGACAGCAUUGGAGAAGGAGAGUUUAUUUGGUAUAAAUAUUGCCAUUAUUCAGUUAUACAAAAUAUUUGGAAGUUGAAGUGAAUCCAUCCAU